GCUGUGCGUGUUUCACCGCCGGCGGGACGCUUGACCUUAGCGGGACCCUGAGAAGCUUUUCCGGGUAGAGCAGCAGCACAGUGAGCCGCGGAGGUUGUUGAUGAAUCCGUGAAGACUUAAAAUAUCUUCUGCACAACCUGCUUUUACCUGUGAAGGACGGAAUUAACCGUGUGUGUGUGUCCGUGCUCUCGCUGACCGCCUGAAGCCGCUGCUCGUGUUUUUCCGCUCCGUGUUUUAUCCGGACAUGUCUGCGGAGGAGGCGGACAAGACGGCCACCACGGACGCCAGCGCCGGGGACGAGGAGGAGGAAUGGCUGUACGGAGAUGAGUCUGAGAGCAAAGAUGAGGACGAGGAGGCCAAACUGAACGCAGCAGUCAGCGCACCUGCUGACGCUUCAACAGAAGAUGCUGCUGCUCACGCUACAGGGAACGGUGUAGCCUCUGAGGCCACAGGUGAAGCUGCGGGCGAGGAUGUCGACAGUGACAGCGACAGCGAUGAUGAUGACGAUGACGUCCGUGUCACCAUCGGAGACAUAAAAACUGGAGCGCCGCAGUACACACCUUACGGAGCUCCACCUGUCAACCUCAACAUAAAGACGACAGGCUCCAGACCUUAUGGACAAACCACCAAGCUGAAGGGAGUGGAUUUGGACGCUCCUGGAAACAUUAACGGAGUUCCAGUGCUCGAGGUGGAAAUGGAGUCCUUCGAGGAGAAACCCUGGAGGAAGCCAGGAGCGGAUCUGUCCGACUACUUUAACUACGGCUUCAAUGAAGACACGUGGAAGGCUUACUGUGAAAAACAGAAGAGGUUGCGGAUGGGCCUGGAGGUGUCUACUGUCGGCUCGGUGACGAGCAAGAUCACGGUGCAGCAGGGUCGGACGGGCAACGAAAAGGACAUGUCCAGUUUGCCCGUUCACACUUCUAAGCCAGACUUCACCUCUCCAGUCAGCCUGUACAAGUCCGCCGUCACUCAGGUCACCAGCUCAACACGCUCAGACGCUAACUCGACACACACCUGGUCACCUCCAGGCUUACCUGUGGUCCCCGUGGAUAAAAUAGGUCACCAUCCCAUGGGCUAUAUGAUCUCUCCCCCUCAGUGGACUGGCCCGCCUGUUCAGGACAUGUCCUAUUAUACUUCCUACCAGAUCAGGGACGACCCAGGUCUUCAGAGGAUGUCUCCUCUCUCACAUGCUGACCUCUAUCCCCCUCUAGAGCUGUCACUUGAUCCAAUGAAGACGAGCGGUACUAUAGAUGUGAUUGGCGGACAGACAGCCACCAUCAGCCGGGUCGAAGGCCGACGCAGACACAAUCUAGAUGGCAACAAUAUCCAGGUGAUCGCUGAGCAGUCAGACGCCGAGCCGACUCCGGCGAAGAUACCUCCCUUCUUUCCUCCCGGACCAAUUCCUCCAAACAUACCGCCUCCUCCUUUCCUACCUCCACCGCCCAACGUCAGCACUGCGCCUCCACUCAUCCCCCCGCCCAGGUUGCCCAUUACUGUCCCCCCUCCUGGUUUUCCUCCUCCACCCAGUGGGCCUCCUCCUUCCAUCAUUCCCACUAUGGACAGACAGUCACGUCGCUGGUCUCAUCACCCUGAAACAACUGAGCCAGUCACAGUGAAGGCUUCUUCCGGAUCCCAUCGAGGUCUGGAAGGUGCAGAGCAGCACCACAGAUCUGCAGCCAGAGGCCGAUGCGGUCACCCAGGAGGUUAUGACGGACGCUCUGUUCCUCCGUAUCCGUUCCCUCAAGGUGCAUAUCCUCCACCCAUGGCUGGAGGUGUGCCUCCUCCUUGGCCCCCCAUGAUGGAAAACUCGAAACCCUGGGACUACUAUCCCCGUCGAGACGACAAGAGAGACAAGGAGAGAGACCGACCCCGAGAGAGGACACACGAGCGGGAGAGAGAGCGAGAGCACAGCCCCUCAGCGAUGAGCUACACCAGCGACGAGGAGCGGUAUCGUUACCGCGAGUACCAGGAGCGCGGUUACGCAGAGCGACAUCGCGACCGGUCCAGCCGAGAGAAAGAAGAAAGACACAGAGAGAGGCGGCACCGAGAGAAAGAGGAGGGACGCCACAAGUCCUCUCGCAGCAGCAGUAGCAGGAGGAGGCACGACAGCGAGGAGGGCGACAGCCACCGGAGGCACAAACACAAGAAGAGCAAGAGGAGCAAGGAGGGCAAAGAGGCCAGUGAGGAGAUCAGCGCAGACCAGGAGAACCAGGAAGCCAUGGAGUAGAGAUCAGCACCUCCUGUCUGUCCGUCUGUCCCUUCGUGUCCCCCCCACCACCACCACCAACAUGAGAAAGAAAGGAAAGAAACACCAAGAAGUCAGAGUGAUCGAUGAGUCCUGUCACUCCCCUCGCCAUCAAUCUCACUUCUCCUCCACCCGGCUGUCGUCCAUCCUCACCAUCACCUCAGACGGAGAGUGGAUGGAGUGGAGGAGGUGGUAAAGGAGGGAUGGUCCUGCUCUUUAUUUCACGAGCUGACAUCAGACAGGGCAUCGAUCUGUGUUCAAACCCUUCCUCGCUCUCUCCUCGACUCCUCAUCCCUCCUCCUCCUCUCGGAGCCCUGCUGUAACGACGAGGUCAGACUCGGAGGUUUCAGCGUACGUCACGGCGAUCAGCAGCUCUUUUUUUUUUUUCUGUCGUUUGUUUGUUUGUUUGUUGUCCUUUUUGUUCUGUAUGAAGACGUCUGUAGAGAAACUCUCAGUUUAAGUUCAAUUAAAAAAAUACACUUUUGAUAA